CGGAGGCAUGCCGCGCAUGCGCGAAAUAGCCCUCCCCCCACAGCACCAGACGCAAUGGCGUUGCUGUGGCAACCACAGUAAACGGAGUCCUUGAGCAGGAGUGACUAGAAACCAGCUGCGGUGGUGAACACCUCUGAGAAGAUAUGAAGGAUCCAGAUGACCCGGACACUGAAGGGGGAAAAUCAGGAUCAAAGAGUGAAGGCAAACAGUCCUCUAGAUCACAAGCCCAAGAUGAUAACACAGAUGACUUAUAUACUGAAGAGGAAGAAUCGUAUCUCUCUGAUGAGUUCGAUGAGGAGGAUAUGGAAGAAAGCUUUCGUUCAACUCCGGAUUAUUUUCAGAGCACUGGAGGAACCCUGGAACCCCUUCCUGCGGUUAAGGAAGACUCAGAGGAGCAUUUAAAGAUGUCAGAAAGCUUCUUCUACAACUACUCAGAACUUGUUGCCCCACCAACUGUGUCUCCGGAAUCAAAGCUCCCACUGGAUUUUCUCGUCCUUGAACAUUCCUUUGGCUAUGACUGCAAAAAGCGAGCCAACUUGCUGCUUCUGGACAGCAGUACCGUGUUGUACAUCGCUGGAAACCAACUGGUCCUGCUGGAUUUUAAAACCAAGGAGCAAAUGUACCUGCAGAGUAGCAGUGGCCAAGGAAUUGGUGCCAUCGGGGUUCAUCCUGAAAAAACGUACUUCGCAGUCGCCGAAAAGGGAAGUUUUCCAAAGAUCAUAAUCUAUGCCUACCCUUCUCUGAAGCCGUACAGAAUCUUGCGUGAUGGAACGGAGAAUGCCUACGCUUAUGUGAACUUUAACAGUGCCGGCACCUUGUUGGCCUCUGUUGGUUGUCAUCCUGAUUACAAGAUAACCAUCUGGAACUGGAGGGAUGAGCUGCCCAUCUUGAGGACAAAGGCAUUUUCACAGGAUGUUUUCAAGGUCACUUUCAAUCCCGAAGAUGAGGAACAGCUAACCACAGCAGGCUCAGGCCACAUCAAGUUCUGGACAAUGGCCUAUACAUUCACUGGUCUCAAGCUGCAAGGCUCGCUGGGACGAUUUGGCAAAACAGCCACUACUGACAUAGAGGGCUACACAGAGCUUCCGGAUGGGAAGGUGCUCUCCGGGUCAGAGUGGGGCAACCUGCUGCUUUGGGAUGGCAGCCUCAUCAAGGUGGAGCUCUGUCGAAUUGGCAUGAAGCCCUGUCACCAAGGUCCCAUCAACCAGAUAAUGCUGGAUGAGGGGGAAGUUAUCACUGCCGGGUCAGACGGCUGUAUCAGGAUAUGGGACUUCGAGACAAUAGAUACUGCUGACAUUGUAGAUGAAAGUGGAUUGUUGGAGAUAGAGCCUAUUAAUGAACUUCAAGUGGACAAGAAUGUCAACCUCUUCUCACUGAUAAAGAUGAGUGAAAUUGGAAAUAACUAUUGGCUGGCUCAGGAUGCCAGUGGAGCCAUAUGGAAGCUCGACCUUAGUUUCUCAAAUAUUACCCAGGAUCCGGAAUGCCUCUUCUCUUUCCAUUCUGGACCCAUUGAGGCCUUGGCUAUUUCUCCUCUCACUUAUAUCAUGGCCACAACUGCCUUGGACUGCUCUGUUCGCAUCUAUGAUUUUGCUAGCAAAACUCUUUUGAUUCAGAUGAAAUUCAAACAAGGCGGUACUUCCCUUGCUUGGGUACCCCAAUCGGUAAGCUUUUCUGCAUCCCAGAUCAUCAUAGGAUUUGAAGACGGUGUCGUCCGGAUUCUUGAACUUUAUGAUCCGAAAGGGCUUACAAUUUUUGCAGGACGAAAGAAAGUCUUAGAUGCAGAAUUACAACUGAAAUAUGUCUUCAAACCUCAUACUGCUGAGGUCACGGCUUUAGCUUAUGAACGUGAGGGGGAGAUCUUAGCCACCGGGAGUAAAGAUAAGACUGUCUUCUUUUUCAAUGUGGAAAAGGAUUACAAGCCGAUUGGUUACCUUAACACUCCCGGGCCUGUUCGCCAGUUGAUGUGGUCUCCGGCCAGUCAUCCUGAAAGCACCAUACUGAUUAUCUGUGAGAACGGGUAUAUUCUUGAAUCUCCAUGCCCAACCAUUGAGAACAUAGAUGACCACGAUGUCGUCUCCUAUGAAAUUCAGGACGCACUUCUCAGAUGUUUCCAUUUCACAAGUGUCAAAUCUAAGAUUCUGAGAUUACUAGAAAUUAAAAGGAGAGAAAGACAAAAGGAGUUGAAGGAGAAGGAAAAAGCAGCGAGGAGGAUGAGGCUAGCGUUAGAGAGGGAAGAAGCUGGAGAAGGUGAAGUGUUGGAGGAGGAAUUACCGGAGGAGGAGGAGGAAGACGAGGAGGAGGAAGAGGCCCCACUGCCUGAGAUCUUCAUUCCAGCAAGGCCCUCUCCUGUCCUUUGUGGGUUUUACUCAGGGCCAGGGAAGUUCUGGGUGUCAUUGGGCCACUAUGAUUCUGGGUUUCUGUAUCACUGUCAAUUUCCCCCAUAUGUCAGUGGCAGUGACUUCCAAAAACAGAAAGAUGAAGCAUUUGAUUUCCGCCGCCUUGAGAAUACAGAUGACAACCCUGUCCAAACCAUCAGUUUCAGUAAUAAGAAAACUAUGAUGUUCUGUGGAAUGAGAAAUGGAGCCAUUCGACUGUAUGUCCUAAGUGAGGGUGAUGAUUCCUCACUGGUCAGCUUGAAGGAUUACUGGCAUUUCAAUGUGCAUGACAAUAAUUAUGGAUACAUUAAAAGCCUCGCUUCUAGUUUUGAUGACAAGUUCUUGGUGACUGUUGGGGCAGAUAGCAAUAUCUUUGUUUUCAACAUCGCUGCUGGAUUUUUGGUUAAGAAAAGGGUCAAAGCCAAAGUGCCAUCUCCCCGGCUUGGGAUUGAGUUAGAGUUCAGUCCAGAUGACAUUGAAGAUCCCAAAGCCUACAGUAUUGAGAAUGCCAGGAGGAAAAGAGAACAUGACAAGUUAAUGAAGGAAGUAGAAGAAAUAAAAGCUAAGAAGAGAGAACACAUCAGAGCUUUGAGGAAUGAGUUUUUGAACCUGUUGACAAUGAACAAAGAAUUGCCAGUGCACAUGCAGUUCAAACGGACAGAUUUCAAUAUCGAUGCCAAAAUUCACGCUGACAUCAAUAAGCACACAAUUUUCAAAAUGACGAAGGUGGAAAAUGAAUUAGCUUGGGAAAAACAGAAAUAUGAACUGGGCCUGAAGAAGCUGCAGUCCAGGUUUCGUGAUCCACUGGAAAAUGACAUUGUUAUAGUCUAUGCCAUUCAGAGUGACCACCAGAUAGCCUCCUAUAGGCUGGUGAAACCCUCUAAAUAUUCCAAGAUCAAACGUCAAAGUCAGUCAGAGAGAAGAGCAAGCAAAGUAGAGAGGUUUGAAAAGGAAGGAUCGAGGAAGGAGAGCCAAAAAGAGCAAGGUGCAAGUGUUAGCACACGAGAAGAAUCAAUAGUAGAUAAAGGGAAGAAAGGUCGACCUAGAACCCUAAGUGAAAUUAUGGUAGAAAAUCAAAUCGAGAAAACAAAGAAAAUCGUCCAGCAAGCUGACCGGGCCCAGCUGAAGAUUCUGCAGCGCAGAAAGGAGUGGGAAGAACUUUACAAGAGCAAGCCUGAUGAUGACUAUGAAGAUCCCAAAGAUGUUCAAGCUAUCAAAGAAGCCCAGACAUGCAUGGGGGAUUUCAAUCUGAAGACAGCCCCUGACUACAAGAUACCUGAGCACAUGAGGAUAAAUGCUGCCAAAAAGGAGGAGGAACUAGGUGUCCUUGACUCGAUGGCGUAUGGAAAGAAGAGGUACAUGAACAAGUGUAUCCUGUCCCUUCGAGAUCUCAAGUUGGCCGUCGUCGAGGAGAUCCAGUGCGUGGUACAAGAACUGAAGAACAUUCAGUUGUCCAUCCCUGCGUCCAAACACGUACCCCUUCCCCAGGUCCCACAGAUAUACCCAGAAGAAGUUCCAGAAAGGAGAUUUCAAUACGACGAGGAGACACUCUUGAGAUUUAAGAGAAAGCAACAGAAACGCGAGGAUGAACCACACGCCAGCAAACAGACAAUAUCUGGCAGCAUCGGUGGAGGAGGGUUAGGGUUUCUCAAACUGUCAUCUGGAAAGGAAGGCGAUUUGACCACAAGAGACUCGCUGUCGAGGUCAUCCAAGGCGUCAGCAUUCCUGGAGCUUCCAAAGUCAUUGGAGUUUGAAAAGGCAGAGCCAAGUGAAGUGGAGAUGGAGAUUAUAAAGAGAAAUGAGGUCAAGCACUUGUACAUGCAACAGUAUUUGUGCAACAGGAUUAAAGAAUUGACUAUGACUUUUGAUGCAGAACUCCAUCUUCUGAGACACCGGAAACUGAAGCUAGACACUAAGAUGAAACUAUCUGACCUACACCAUGUCACAUUAUUUCAAGAGAUGCUUCUCCUCAAGAAUUUUGAAAAGCAGGAGAAUAUUCUUCAAGAGCGUGUUAAUUCCUUAGACAAAGAGGAGCAAGAUAUGCAAUGGAAAAUAAAUGAGACCCUUAAAGAGAUGGAAGAGAAAAAGAAUGAAAUCAACAGGCUCCAGGAGCAGGAAAAGGCGCUCUAUGCUGGCUUCCAAUCUGCCCUGGGGGAAAAUAAUAAAUUUGCAAACUUCCUCAUGAAGGUCCUGAAGAAGAAGAUUAAGCGGGCGAAGAAAAAGGAAGUCGAAGGAGACGCUGAGGAAGAUGAGGAGAGUGAGGAAUCCAGUGAAGAGGAGUCCAGCCUGGAGAGCGAUGAGGACGCAUCCGGAUCUGAAGAUGAAGUUUUUGAUGAUUCUAUCUGCCCAACGAAUUGUGAUGAAAAUCUUUUUGAACUGGCCCUCCAACUCCGAGAGAAAAGGCUGGACAUUGAGGAAGCCUUAGUUGAAGAAAAGAAAAUAGUUGAUAACCUGAAAAAAGAAUAUGAUACAAUCUCCAAAAAAGUAAAAGUUGUGGCAACAAACCUGAACGCAGCCGAGGAGGCCCUGGAGGCUUAUCAGCGGGAGAAGCAGCAGAGGCUGAACGAACUACUGGUUGUCAUCCCUCUCAAGCUGCACCAGAUAGAGUAUAUGGUGUUUGGGGAGGUGCCUAAUGACCUUUCUGGGACCUUGGUCUUCUCCAACCACUCCCUGAGUCGGCUGCAAGAGCGAAUCGUACAGCUCCAUGACGAGAACAUCAAGCAGCAAAAACUUAACAAAGAAUGCCGGGAGAGGCGGAAAGUGCUCAUCCGGGAGAAGAGAGAGAUGGCGAAAACCAUCCUCAAAAUGGAAGAAACAGUCCGUGACCUGAUGAUCAGCAAGUUCGGGCGCGUGAUCAAUCUGGAAGCCCUCCAGACCCUUUCUGUUAACUCAACCCUCGAGGAACUGAAGAUCAAAAAGCUUCGAAAGGAGAUAGCAAACGCAAAGGAGUUAAGGAUGUGGGAGGAAAAGAUUGCCCAAGUGAGGUGGGAACUGAUGAUGAAGACGAAAGAACACACCAGGAAGCUUCACCAGAUGAAUGAUCUGGUGGUGGAAAAGAAGAAACUCGAUUCCAGGUUGAACACACUCCAGAACCAGCAGGGAAAUGCCUUCCAGGGCCCUCGGAAAGCAGAUGAAGUGGCAAAACGGAAGGUCAUGGAACUGGUCCAACUGCAAUCAGAGAAGAUCUUGGCCUUAAAGGAAGAGAUUGCUGUUUUGCGGAAGAAGGGGGGGCUCAUCCUCCCACCCAUCAUACACCCACAAGUGGAUGAAACGAACUUAACGGACGAAUAAGUUUGCUGUCUUCUCAUUUCUACUCAAGAGUUGCCGCAGAAUUCAUCAGCUCCACUCCCCCAUCACCAAGGACAGCUCUCCCACUGUAAAGCCAACCGUAGUGAGAGCAUAAAAAAAGGAUCCCGCUGUGUGAAUUAACGUUUAGGUUAGAAAUCACUGUGUCAUUUGACGUGUAGUUAUGACUGUGUUAAGACAGUUAGAUGCAUUCGGCCUAACAUGAAUAUGAAGAAGGCUGAAUCUUGUAAGAAAGCUGCUGUUAGAUAUUAUGUUGUCGGGCAGGGGCAGGGGAGGGGAAAUGUGUUUUUCUGGUAUUCUGAAUACUUAGCCAUUGGCAAACAAAACUAUUAUUCCGCAACCCAUGAGGAAACUCCCUUUUCUUAGCCCUUGGAUCUUUAGAAAAUAAACCAUUUGUGUUAAAUAGUCUGUGAAAGGACAUAAGAGAAAAAGGCAAACUAUCUUGCCAAUAAUAACUUAGAAUAAGAAAUGCAAAUGUGAGCGUUGCUAUUGUUGACUUCCGAAGGCAGUUAUUUGAGGGCUGGGGACUGAGGGAAUUCAGACAGAGGCAGUGAAACAGCUAGCUUUGUGUUGGCAGAGGCAGCUUCCUGAGUCACCCACAGUUUCUGCACACUCCUCAAUUCCAAGGCUCACAUUUUCCAAAGCAAGUCAGUCAGAGAAGCUGUCUCUCUGGCUAGGCUCUUUGGGAUUCCAUCAGAAUUCUAUGCACUCCCCUCCAGCUUUCCAGUGUCCAGUGCCUUCUGUCAGGGUUCAUUUGCGAGAUGAAAUAGAUUUUUAUAUCUCCAAGGGACUAACUCUAAUAGCUACUCUUGGCUAUUUUAAACUCAAGUGUGUUUUUCUGGUCUCAGGGAAAGGUGUACUGAAGCUCAUCCCUGCACCCCUCACAGACUGAACACCCCGAGACUUGUUGUCCUUGUAGUCCUGUCACUUUGGAUUCCUAGGUGUACCAUUCACACCCGUACUAUACGUCUCUGCUGUGGCAGAGGCGGUACCGGAGAGUCUUUGUGAGUUUCUGUACUGCACAUCUGUGAGCUCAAUUGCCAGAAAUAAAGACAGACAGGCCCACACCUUUCCACAGUGUAAUUCCACUCCUGUGAUCCCAGCACUUGGGGAGGCAGAGGCAGGCAGAUCUCUGUGAGUUUAAGGCCAUCCUGGUCUACAAAAUUAGUCCAGGACAACCGAGGCUACACAGAGAAACCCUAUCUUGAAGAAGAAGAGGAAGAAGAAGAAGAAAAAGAAAAAGAAGAAGAAAAGCAAACUGGUGCUAAUCAUAACAUUUGUUUCUCACUAGUGUGUAAAAAAACUGACUCAAAACUCAGCUUUAAAAGGGUGUUAUCUUGGGGCUUGAGAGAUGGUUCAGUGGUUAAGAGCACUGACUGCUCUUCCAGAGGCCCUGGGUUCAAUUACCAGCACCCGCAUAGCUGCUGACAGAUGUCUGUAACUCCAAGAUUUGACACCCUCACACAGACAUACAUGCAGGCAAAACAUCAAUGCACGUAAAAUAAAAGUAAA